AUGGGCAACGCAUUCAGCGAGAUCUUCCUCCCCAUCUUCUGCACGCUCUUCAUCGGCGUCAUUAUCGCCUGCGUCUGGCCACGCCUCCCGAAGCGACGACAGAACUGCAUCACCUACGGCAGCCAAGAUUCCACCGAACUAGCCAACAUCGCAACCAACUCAGCAGACAUCAAUCGCAUCUCUACCGCGCUAGCCUUCCCACCAAACCCAGCUGUCCGAGUCUUCGAUGGCCCGCCACGCUCAGCACACUCAGCGCGACGACGAGAGGAUCUAGAAGCACAGAACCAAGAUCCAUUCCGAGACCCUCCAUCAUACAAUCACUCGGUCGCAAGCUUCCGAACUGCCACUACAGCCGGCUCCGAGUACUAUCACCAAGACUGCCCUCACACUACCACUGUCUAUCCACGCGCGAUCGCUCCAGAGCCCGCCUCAUACCCAAACUUCUCAACCCCGACGCGCCAGCCACGCAUGUCCAGCUCUCCAAACACCUUCAGCACACCAUCGCGCUCCACCACUGCGCCUUCAGUCCCACACCCACAGAUCCCGCCUCGCGCACACAUCCUCCCACAACCAGAGCCGAGAUCUGCCGGCCGCGCUCCCUCUCUCGCCCCGCAACUCGCCAAAUUCCCCAUACCAGACCUCAUGCGCCCGAUGGAGUCGCACUACCCCAGAGCCCUCCCCACGUCCUCCAGCUCCCACCGCCACCUCCAUCCCAACAAGCUGUUCUCCAACCUCUCCCUCCACAACAGUAGCACCGCUGCCACCACCACGGCUCCCGCAGAGGCCUCCUCGUCGCCUGUUCUGCCGUCGAUUUCGCCGAUUCUUGCUGCUCGCGACGCGUCUUUUGAGACCACGAUGUCUCCGAUUUCGUCCAUCCACGAGGAGGACUCUGGUGGUGCUGCUGGUGGCGUUGAUAUACGCGCCAGUAGUGUGUAUUCGCGGAAUGAGGAGGGGAAGCCGGUGAGAGGGGCACCGGGGGGUGCGGAGUGGAUUUGA